GAGCCCAGUGGGGACGUGGAAAUCUGUCUGGAGUCUGUAGCCGGGACCCGGUAGCCUCCUUCUUGUGUUUUCUUUUUAUAAAUCACAAAGCAGAACCUUAAAAAAAGGGAACCUUUUGUGCGGGUGGAGGAGCGUUUGGCACGUAUCGUAUGUGUUCACUUGAGAGGGACCAAAGAAGGGAAGGAUGAAACUUAAAGAGAUCAACCGCACAGCCAUUCAGAGCUGGAGCCCUGCACAGCACCACCCCAUCUACCUUGCGACAGGAACAUCAGCCCAGCAGCUGGAUGCCUCCUUCAGCACCAAUGCCUCUUUGGAGUUCUUCGAGCUGGACUUGACUGAUCCAUCUCUGGACAUGAAGUCAUGUGGCAGCCUCGCCUCCUCUCACAGAUAUCACAAACUGGUGUGGGGUCCCUAUGGAAUGGAUGACGAAGGCCACCCAUCUGGGGUCCUUAUUGCAGGAGGCGAGAACGGCAACGUGAUCCUGUACGACGCCGCCAAGAUCAUGGCGGGAGAGACCGACGUGAUCAUCGCUGAGAGCGACAAGCACACGGGGCCCGUGAGAGCGCUCGACGUCAACCCGUUCCAGACAAACCUGGUUGCAUCCGGUGGGAAUGAGUCUGAAAUCUAUAUCUGGGACAUGAAUAACUUUGGAUCUCCAAUGACACCAGGACCUAAAACUCAGCCUCUGGAGGACAUCGGCUGCGUGUCGUGGAACAGACAGGUGCAGCACAUCCUGGCCUCCGCCAGCCCGAGUGGCCGAGCCUCAGUGUGGGACCUCCGCAAGAAUGACCUCAUCAUUAAAGUCAGCGACCACAGCAACAGAAUGCACUGCUCCGGUCUGGCUUGGAACCCCGAAGUCGCCACUCAGCUGGUCUUGUCGUCGGAGGACGACCGGAUGCCGGUCAUCCAGAUGUGGGACUUGCGUUUCGCUACCUCUCCUUUCAAGAUAUUAGAGAACCACACACGAGGCGUGCUUUCCAUCAACUGGAGCUUGGCUGAUCCCGAGCUGCUCCUGAGCUGCGGGAAGGACAACAGGAUCCUGUGCUGGAAUCCAAACACAGCCGAGGUGGUGUACGAGCUGCCCACCAGCAGCCAGUGGUGCUUUGACAUCCAGUGGUGUCCCAGGAACCCCGCGGUGUUGUCUGCCGCCAGCUUCGACGGACACAUCGACAUUUAUUCCAUCAUGGGCGGGACCAACCAGGCGCAGAGCCAGAGACACGCCGACCAGAUCAGCAACUCGUUUGUGAACAUGGAUCCGUUUGGGACCGGGCAGACGCUGCCCCCGCUGCAGCUGCCCCAGACGGCGCCGCCGCCGCUGACGGUCAACCCCCUGAAGAAGCCGCCCAAGUGGAUCCGCAGACCGGUCGGAGCCUCGUUCGCUUUCGGCGGGAAGCUCGUGUCUCUGGAGAACGCCAAGCCGAACCCGCAGCAGCCGCCGUCGCACGUCGUGCACAUCAGCCAGGUCGUCACGGAAACGGCCUUUUUGGUGCGCUCCGACCGGCUGCAGGCCACCCUGAGCGGCGGCGGCGGCUUCGUGGGAUUCUGCCAGGAGAAGAUCGACGCAGCGGAAAACGAGUUUGAAAAGACUCUCUGGUCUUUCCUCAAGGCUAAUUUUGAAAGCGAUAUUCGCAGCAAAUACCUGGAACUACUGGGGUACAACAAAGAGGAGCUGGCCUUGAAGAUUUCCGCGGCACUGGAGGAAAAGCCUGCAGAGCCUCCGCAGGUGGAGGUGCCGGCUCCAAUCAGGCUGCAGCCGCUACCCGAAGUCAGCAUCGUGCCGCCCGCCGCCACUCCGGAGGAGGCGUUCGAUUUGAUUGCCGCAGCAGCCGCGCCGCUUUCCGACACUCCCGAAGCGGCCUUCGACUUGAUCGCGGCCGCAGCCGCGCCGCCGCCCGCCGACACUCCCGAGGAGGCGUUCGACCUGAUCGCCGCCGCCACGCCGCCCGCCAACACUCCCGAAGCGACCUUCGAUAUGAUCGUUGCAGAAAACCUUCAGCCGGCAGCCACCGUGGAACUGGACUCUGACCUCGACCCCGAGACCGAAGAGCCGGCGGCAGCAGGAGAUGCAGGAGACGCUCCUCCCGGCGAGCCAGAAGAAAAUGUGGACGGGGUUCUACCAGAGGAAGAAGAGAUCCCCUUGGAGGAGGAAGAGGAGAAAGAGGAGGAGGAGGAGGAGGAGGUGGCAGCACCAGUGGAGGAAGAGGAGCCCAGUCCUCCGGAGACCUCGGCUCCAGUCGAGGAGGCCGCGGUGGAUCCGGCUCCGGCUCCGGCUCCAACUCCGGCACAAACGGAAGGAGUCAGUCUCAGCAUCAGUCCAGAUGUGGACGGGCUCAUCACACAAGCCCUGCUGACCGGAGACUUUGAGGGAGCCGUCGAGCUCUGUCUCCAUGACAACCGAAUGGCAGACAGCAUCAUCCUGGCCAUUGCCGGAGGGGCCGAGCUCCUGGAGAAAACCCAGAGGAAGUAUUUCACCAAGACGCACAGCAAGAUCACCAAGCUGAUCGGUGCGGUGGUGAUGAAAGACUGGCACGACAUCCUGCAGACGUGCGACCUGCAGAACUGGAAGGAGGCUCUGGCUGCGGUCAUGACCUACGCUCGGCCCGAGGAGUUCUCCUCCCUCUGCGACCUCCUCGGGGGCAGACUGGAGGCCGCAGUGGACGCCCAGCUGCAAGCCCAGGCCUGUCUGUGUUACAUCUGUGCUGGAAACGUGGAGAAGCUUGUGUCUUGCUGGACCAGAGCACAGGGCGGACGCUGUCCUCUCUCCCUCCAGGACCUGGUGGAGAAGGUGGUGGUGCUGCGUCGUGCGGUGGAGCAGACCCAGCGCUCCGGUCCCGCCUCCAUCGGCAUCCUGCUGGCCGAGAAGAUGAGCCAGUACGCCGGGCUGCUGGCCGCGCAGGGCAGCCUGGGCACCGCCAUCACGUACCUGCCCGACAACACCAACCAGGUUUCUGUCCAGCAGCUCCGUGACCGUCUCAGUCGAGCUCUGGGGCAGCAAGCGGCUCCGGCUCCGGCUCCUGCAGCUCCGGUCCAAACCCAGAGAGCUCAGUCUCAGCUUCCCGCUCAGACUCAGCCGCGGCAUUCGUUCGCCCCGAUCGCCCCGGCAACGGCGCCUCAGCCCACUGCAGCGGCUCCGGUGCCCAUGCUCACACCGGCUGCCUCCGCACCAGCGCAGCCGCAGUACUACCAGCCAGUGAGAGCUGCACCCACCGUCACCUCCUGGAGUAACCAGACCCCCACGGCCCUCCCCAAUGCCCCUCCUCUUCAGGCGGAGCCUCAGACCUCCACAUACGGGGCUCCUCCCUCCUGCGCGGCCGCUGCUCCUCCGCCCUCCUCCACUCCGGCAUACGCGUACUCCCAGCAGUACCAGCCUUACCCCCAGGGCAACCAGUACCCACCAGCUGGGGGGGCUCCUCUCUUUCAGCCUCUUCAGUACUCCUCCUCCUCCUCCGCUGCUCCUCCUCCUGCAGAGCCACCCGGCUUUCUCUCUCAGUACACGCAGCCGACCUCUCCGUCCUAUCCCGGACAUGCUCCCAUCAGCCAGUGCCCGUCCUCCUCCUCCGCCCCUUCCCAUCAUCCUUUUUUCCCCUCCUCCUCCUCAUCUUCCUCCUUUACCGCUCCUCCGUCCUCCGGAGCGUCUUUCCAGCAUGGCGGGCCGGGAUCUCCUGUGUCCUACGGGCCCCGUCCUCCUCCGCCGUUCGGAUUCUCAGGGCCUCAAAACGGCUGGAAUGACCCACCGGCCCUGAACAGAUCAUCGAAGAAGAAGGCUCCAAUGAACUACACCCCUCCUACCCCUAUUACUGCCCCCAUCAUGGGGCCGCCGGGCGCCGACCCUCAUGCUCAGCCGGUCCCCUCUGGGGCUCCUCAAGCUAUGGGCCAGGGGCCUCACGGGGCCCAGGUCCCCUACUCAGGCAUGCAGCAUCAGCAGCACCAACAGCAGCACCAACAGCAGCUCUCCCCUCCACCGAUGAACCCUGCAAUGCCCAAAACAAGCAUGGAGGGGGCACCAGGAGCUCCCACUGGAGAUGUUAUACAGCCGAUGCGGUCCAUCCCCGCGGAGAAGAUCAUGAAGAAGCCCAUCCCCGAGGAGCACGUGGUCCUGAAGAACACGUUCGAUGGGAUCAUCCAGAAGUGCUUGGCUGUAGCUACCGACCCUCAAACCAAGAGGAAGCUCGACGACGCCAACAAACGUCUGGAGGCGCUCUACGACAAACUCAGAGAGCAGACGCUCUCUCCCACCAUCGUCGAAGGACUUCACAACAUCGCCCGGAGCAUCGAGUCCCGAGCCUACGCGGAGGGCCUCAACAUCCACACCCACAUCGUCAGCAACAGCAACUUCAGCGAGACGUCGGCGUUCAUGCCCGUCCUCAAGGUCGUGCUGACGCAAGCCAACAAACUCGGGGUGUGAUCGAGUCUCGGACCGGCGGAGGGGGAGGGAGGGGUGCUUUUCUUUUCUUUCUUUUUGGAUGAAGAAUUAUGAGAUGUAUGGAUAUCCAUGUUAAAUUCUUCUUUGUGCCAUCCAUGUUUUGCGACACAACUCAAACACACGCCACGCUAUCGGUGGCACUCGGUGGUGAAAGAGACUCCUGGGCCUUCGCACCACGCACACGUAGAAUAAGGGGAUAGGGACAAGUUCAGUAAGAGUAACACAGUAAUCUACCAACAUGCUAACAAGUUACACGAAUGAUAUAUUUUUUAAAUUAAAACUUAGCCAUAGAGAUAAAUAUGCAAUAAUUGUAUUGUCGCAUUAUCAAAUCAAAAUCUUCAAAUUAGCAGGCACAGUAAGGCACAGCUUCAGCAUAUUUGAUAUGGAGAUAAAUACAAGCACAUAUGGAUUUAAAGACCAACUUAAAUAGGAAAAGCAACAAGAGAUUCGGGAAUCAAAGAGCAUCUCUAUUUACUAUUUAUCUAUUUAGUAAAUAAAUAAAAGAAUAACGCUCAUCUUAAUUAAUUUGGUAUUCGUGCAACAUGUAUGUAAUGUUAACUCGUUCUUCUUAAUAGUCGUUCCACAUUUGUGCACUCCAAUAAUGCUCAGCUACCUUUUUAUAAUUCCACAAAUACAUAGAAUGUUCUCUUAAAGUAGAAAAUCAGGCGUUGAUUUUUACAUAUUAAAUAGAUAAUUGCCCCCAAACGUCAUGCAACAGACCUGCAAAUGACAGUUUAGAGAAGAUGAAACAGAACGUGUCAUUCAUUUUAAAUAACAUUACAUUAUUUUGAGUUUUAAACCAGCAGUCACGCUAAAAGGGAAUUAAAGCAAAACUGAUAAUAAUGUAAUUACCUUAUAUAACUUGUGUUAUUACUGGAAUCCCCGCUGCUUGUCUGGGCUUACUUUCACCACUGGUGUCACUACGUACAACACAUUGGACCAGAAUGUUUUCGGUGUGUGGGAUCUGUCAAUGCAAAGCAAUGCAAUCCCAUUUGUUGAAGACGUUUUAAUGUCUUAUUUCAGUUUUUUAUUAUGUUUCAGUGUAUUCAUGAAGCUCAUCAAGGUGCAAUGUUUUUUUUCUCUGUUUUAAAUGAUACUGUGCUUUUAUGGAAUUUUAAAGUAAGCAUGCUUAAAAAAAACCGUAAUGGCAUUAAAGGUAAUUAAUUAAUCAGACCUCAGAAGGAAAGAGGAAGUAGACUUGUACUUGAUUUUCAUUCCAACUAUGAUGAGGGCUGUAGUUUAUGUUGUUAAUAAAGGAAAACAAGCCUUUGUUUAAGAUUGACUACAUGCAAUAUUUUCAAUAAAUAGUAUUUAUUUACAAGAUGAAGUCGCAUUGAUUUGACUACUUGCUUUUCUUUUGCAUUCAAAUAUUUAUGGGCAUAACAAUCCAGUAAUAUAUGAUUCUGAAAGUUUUACUUUUGGUACGUAAGUAUAUUUUAAUGCUUAUACUUUUGUAAGUAAGAUUUUGAAUGCAACACUUUAACUUGUAAUAGUACUGUAGUUCUACCUUUACUUAUAUGAUAAUAAAUAACUAAAAAUCC